UUUUUUUUUUUUUGGAUUUCAAGAAGAAACAAGAAACAUAAAAUUGAAAUGUGAACGCAAAACAAGAAAUUUUUAAUCUUUCCUCAGUUUCUCCUUAUGGGAUCAACAAGUCUUCUUCUCUCGCUAUGUUCUCGAAAGAUCUGGUAUUUUUUUCCCCUGUUAAUUAAGGGACCAUAUGAGUGCGCCGAUUUUACUGUGCGACGGCUUCGAUGUGCGUCGAGUUCUAAUCGGGAAGUCAAACGGGGAUGAGUCAUCGACGGUGACCACCGAGGAAGACGAUGUGUUUUCCGGUGAUAGCUUACUCGGAGACGCCGCAGAGGAGGAGGAAGAGGAGUGGUCUGGAGAGAGUCGUUUCUGUUUUUACUUCGUUAAGCAGUUUCCUUACGACGACCCUGAGAUUAAGGCCAAGAUCGAUGAAGCUGAUGAUGAGAUUUAUCACUGUAACAGUGACCGGAUUCACAUUGCUAAUACACUGAAAGCUAAAAGGGCUGAGAGAUUGUCUCUGGUUGCUUCGAUGGAGAAAUUGAUCUCACCAUUUGAUGCGUACAAUUCAACGUGUCCUCCUCAUCAGUUUAUGGACAUGGAAGUAGACGAAAUUAAGAAGGAACAAGAAGUGGUUACAGGGGAAAUUUACAGCUUGAGUGAAAGAUUAAGUGAGAACAAGAUGGAGAUCGAGUUGUUGGAUGUUAAAAUGGCUUGUGUACUUGAUCAAAGAGACAAAGCUUUCGACAGGAUUAAGUUCUUGAGGAUACAACGAGACAAAGGGAAUUCCGCUUUUUUCCAGAGUCGUGUUGUCAUGAAGAAAGCCAUAGAAUUGGCUGCUUCCGGGAACGUUAGAGAUCUUGAAGAGCUCGCUGAUUCCGAGGUUGAUAAAUUCAUGUUUCGUUGGAACAAUGACAAGUCUUUUAGGGAUGAUUACAAGAAAAGAGUCUUGCAUGAGCGAAAGCUGAGGCGGAUUAGUGACACGGAAGGCGAUGUAGAUACCCAGAGUGGAAAUGAAUCAGCCGUGGAAAAGACGAUAGAACUCAAGAGGUUUAGUACUGAGGAGGAGAGUGAUGACGCUAUGGUGUAUGAGAAGCUUGAAGAGGAGGAAGAAGAGACUGAUGAAGAGACUUUAAAAGAGAAGAAGCGGGAAGAGCAGUUAGAGAAAGCUCGAGUAGCGAUGGAAAGGAAGAGGAAGUUACAUGAGAAAGCUGCUGCUAGAGCUGCCAUUAGAGUUAAGAAGGAAACUGAGAAGAAAGUUAAGGAGCUUGAGAAGAGAGCAAAGAAGAAGAAGAAGUCUGCGUCUAACUCUUCUGAGAGAGCACCAGAGACAGCCACCGAGGCGUCAGAGCCGGAGAAGACCGGGAAGGAGAAACCACUACUAAAUGGGAGAUCAGGUAAUUCGAAACAGAGAAGUUUUAGGUAUGGACAUCACAGAAAAGGAAAUGAGGCUGUCCCCAAAGCCAUCUUGAAGCGUAGAAAAGCUUACAGGUUAUGGGUUUGGACUGUUUCCUCUGCUGCACUUGCACUCCCGCUCGCUCUCCUCAUUGUCUUCUUCUACGUUCGAUGAGAGGAAGAAGAGAGAUGUGUUUCUCAGUCUUUUGGAGAGUUCAAGUUUAGGGUUUAAGUUAGCUUAGAAGCAAAUAACGUCUUGUUGGUGUUGUCAUCAAUUUCAGAGUAGUCAACACAUUUGCCUCCAUAGAGAGAGACGAUGGACAUAUUCCCUAAGCUGAUGCGGUCAAACAUGUUUAACCGGAUCAACUUCACGGAGACCUCGAGCAUCUCUCUCCAUGGAUGCAAAUGUCUUGACCAUCUUUGGAAUUCAUGAUUCCAAACAAACACGUCAUGAUUUAUAUGUUUUUGAUCUGUUUGUCGACUUUAGGAACCAAAAAAGCACUCUCUUAGUGUUGUUGAGUAGCUUCAGAUUGUUGUACAUAGAAGAGAGACCUCAUGAAUUUUUGUUCAUCAGCAAAAAUUGUGGAUUGAAACCAUUUAUUACAGUUGAAGUCUCUUUGUCUUAAAAUGUGAUUGAGAGAGAAAACAUGGACAAUAAAAGGUAAACAAAAAAAUCAAGAAACCUUCUAAUGGACUUAGAGGCUUCUCCUUAACCGAGGUUCCGUUUUCAGUGAGAGACAAUAAGCUAUGGCUGUCACCAGUUUGGCUCCUCCGUGGGUCGUCGUCCUGAGACAAUCUUUCCGAACAGUCGCGGCUUCUUCUUACCUUAACACAACUCACAAAACCCUAAUCACAAAUCGCUCUAUUCUUCCCCCUUCGUCUCCUUUCCGACAUUCAGCUUUGAGAAGAUGUCACGUUGCAGAAGCAAUAAAGGGAGAUGUAGAUUUUCUCCUCAAAGGAGUUGGAGACCAAGCUGUUGCUAAAGAAGUUAAGCAUAUCCUUGAAAUGGCGAGACGUGCAUCAUCAAGAAGAGAAGUUCUUCACACUGAUUUUCUCACACCGCCUAUUGUUAAGGAAUCAGUUUCAGUACUGGCAAAGCUUGCUGAUGUUACAAUCGUUGCUCAGGGAGGUUACCCUGAGGCUGAGCGGUGUAGGAUCUCGGUGGGACAUCCUGAUGUCUUUACCAAUGAUCCAGAUAUAGUUGCAGCUUUGAGUAUCACAGGGAACUUCGGGUUUCAAGCUUGUUCUCACGGUGACUACCUUGGCGCGAUUCUUGGCACUGGAAUCUCCAGGGAAAAACUUGGGGAUAUCUUAGUUCAGGAAGAAAAAGGAGCUCAGGUCUUGAUAGUUCCCGAACUAGUCGACUUUCUUGUUUCAGCUCUCGACAAGGUUGGGAAUGUCUCUGUAACGUGUAGUAAGAUACCUUUGCUUGCUCUUGAAUACGAACCUCCUAGGACUAAUUCAUUCAAAACCGUGGAAGCCUCUUUGAGAAUUGACGCAGUUGCUAGUGCUGGUUUCAAGAUUUCCCGGUCAAAGCUAGUUGAUUUGAUUAGUAGUGGAGACGUUCGGGUUAACUGGGCGACGGUGACCAAGAACGGAACCACCGUAAAGACCGGUGAUGUUGUCUCUGUUAGCGGGAAAGGGAGACUCAAGAUUGGAGAGAUCAAUGAAACGAAGAAAGGGAAAUUUGCAGUUGAAAUCAUCAGAUAUCUGUAGAAAGUUUUCUUUCUUCUGACAAAUUCAUGAUUACUCUUGUUUUAUCUUUUCUCCAUUUGUUGACAUUUUGUAGAAAUAAAAUCAUACCAAAGUUCAAAUAGAAGAAGUAAUAAUCUUGGAUUUCGAACAUCUUUUAAUUUUUGUAAUGUAGAACGCCAAACAAAUAUAACAAAGUAAUAGAACCAACGAAAAACUCGAGUAUAAACAUUUAUUUGUUUUUUAUUAAAUAAUUAUGUUUGUGUUUAUAUGUAGUAUACACAAAAUCAUUACAUGCGUAUGCAUCAUGCAUGAAGAUUUUGUAUACGUACAAUCUAUAACAACUCAAAAUUAAAUACAUUAUAUAACCCUCAGUUUUCAAUAUUAUAAGAUUAAGCAUACCCACAAUAUCCAUACUCACAUUUAACCCCGGACUUACACUUCCUCGUGCAUUUCCCACAAUGGUUAGGGUUAAAAUUAACAUAAGUGCAAACGCCACCGCAACAACGCUGCCCAAAACCGCAUUUGUGACCGCAACGACCGCAAUUAUUCAUGUCUCCAAGAAUGUUCCUACAAUGCUUCUUGCAGCAAUGCAAGAGGCUCGUCCCGUUGUUCGCUUUUACGCCAUUACAAAUAUUGUAACUCGCCACGUGACAUCUCAUCCCUUUCUUGAUCUUCUUGUACUGAGAAACUAGUAGUCUGGUUUUGGAUGAAACUGUCACGUUUGAGAGUAUCGAGGGAGUUUCAUCAAGAACGUAAAACUCGGGAUCUUCUUCGUCGAUAACUUCAUCAGCUAAAACCGAAUGAGGAUUAGAUGUUGCUGUUAUUAGGAAAUAGAGGAUUAAGCAGAGAAGGGAUGUGGUUUUAAUGAAUGUGUUAAGGCUCUUAAUGACCAUUUUGUUUUUAAGUAAAAAUUAGCCAAAGAGAGUUUGGCUUUGGAGGAGACAAGAAGCAAAGAAAAGGAAGAGUGGGACUUAAGG